AUGAAUGCUUCUGUCAACAUCUAUGGGAAAAGAGAGAGAGGUCUCAACAUGAACAGACUCAUGCCUUUCCUCCUCACUUCUUUAGCCGUAGCCUCCAUUUUCAGCUUCUUCCUCGCUUAUUCCCCAAACCCUAUUCCGAUCACAUCCAAAGAAGCCCUUAAUUCUGUUGUUCAUGAUCAGAACCUGCAGCCAGAUCAUGAUCAUCUUAGCCAUGCAGCACCAGUCAGGCUGAUCCCACCUCCAAAAAAGAAAGAGGUGUGUGACUUGUUUAAGGGUCAGUGGGUUCCGGAUUCGAGAGGGCCAUUGUAUACGAAUUCAACAUGUAAGACUAUUCCUGAAUCGAAGGAUUGUUUCAAGAAUGGGAGGAUGGAUAGGGACUAUGUGAAUUGGAGAUGGAAGCCGGAUAAAUGCGAGCUGCCGGAGUUUGAUCCCAAGGCGUUUUUGGAAAUCGUUAGAGGAAAGAAGAUGGCAUUUGUUGGUGACUCUGUUGCUCGCAAUCACUUUGAAUCUCUUCUAUGCCUAUUGUCUCAGGAGGAACUCCCCAAAGACAUUUACGAGGAUUCUGAAGAUCGUUUCAGGACAUGGUACUUUCCUCAACAUGACUUCAAUCUAAUGAAAUUGUGGACCAAAUAUCUUAUAGCCGCAGACGAGAGGAUGGUAAAUGGCACUGGAUCCGGCAUCUUCGAUUUGCACAUAGACAAAAUCGAUGAUGAAUGGGGAAAGCACCUACCCGAUUUAGACUACGCCAUCAUCUCGGACGGGCAUUGGUUUUUUCGAGUAUUAUACCUGUACAAAGGUAACAAACUUAUAGGAUGUGUCUAUUGCAACCAACCUAAUAUUACUCGCUUCAACACUGGCAACGCAGUUCGUAUGGCGUUUCGAUCUGCCUUUAAGUACAUUAGCACUUGCAAGAACUGCAAAGGGGGACUUCUGACCGUUUUGAGGACAUUUGCACCAGCACAUUUUGAGAAUGGGGCUUGGAAUACCGGAGGGUACUGCAAUAGGACAAGUCCCUUUGGUGAGGCAGAAGUUGAUUACAAGACGUUUGAUUGGGAAAUGAGGAACAUUCAGAUUAAGGAGAUAAAUGAUGCAAGAAGAAACAACAGGAAGCAGUUUAGGGUUUUGGAUAUAACUAGGGCCAUGUUGAUGAGACCAGACGGGCACCCUGGAAUUCAUUGGGGAAAUCAAUGGAUGAAGGGUUAUAGUGACUGUGUUCAUUGGUGCAUGCCAGGCCCGGUUGAUUACUGGAACAAUUUUUUGAUGGCACUUAUCAGAAAUUAA